CCCCCAUUUCUCACCCGCUUCCUUCCCUUUCCCCGCUGCCUGCCGAUAAGAAGCUCCCUCGCCGUCUCCUCUCCCUCUUUCUCCGUCCUCGCAAAAUCCUCCCCGUAUUGAGAGCCAAGAAAGUAAACGAGCCGAGGCAUAAAGGCCGGGAGCUGGCGAGGGAAGCGAGAAAAUUUUUCUUCCCGGGGAGGAAAUCGGGACGGCCACGGGUCAAAAUCGUCUCCUCCUCGCAAGCAAGCCUCGGCUCCGGUUGGUGGUGGUGGUGCACUGCUGGUGCUGCUGUCCGAGACGAGAGCGGGUAGAGGAGACCACGAGCUCGAGAGGAGGGAAAGGGGGAAGGAGCUUGGCAGAAGGCACCAGACGCGUGAAGAAGCUCCGAGCGAGGAAUCGAAUCGAGCCAUGGACUCGGAGCACUGGAUCUCGCGCCUCGCCGCCGCCAAGCGGUACUACGCGGCCCAGCUCGGCCACAUCGACGAUAUGCCGGGGAUGGGGGUGGAGGAGGUGGAGAUGGAGAUGGAGGACGACGGGGACGUGGAGAUGGAGCUGGAGCUCGGGGACGCGACGUGGCCGGAGGUCGCCUGCCCUUACUGCUACGAGGACCACGACGUCGCCUCCCUUUGCGUCCAUCUCGAGGAGGACCACCCGUACGAGCCCCACGCCGCGCCCUGCCCCAUUUGCUCCCAAAGGAUUACAAGAGAUAUGCUUAACCAUAUCACCAUGCAACAUGGUUACUUGUUCAAGAACGGUCACAGGUCUCGCAGAUAUAUUAUUCCUGAGAGCCAUGGAAUCUCUUUAUUGAGCCGAGAUCUACGUGGUACUCAUUUACAGGCUCUUCUAGGGGGUGGUCAUAGCCACAGAUCAAGUAGCACAGCGACCACAAACAUUUCCAGUGAUCCUCUUCUAUCAUCAUUUGGCCUUAGCUUCUCAACAUCAGAUGCACCAGAACCAUCAAAAUCAACAGCUUCUAUCCCAGAUGGUGCCUCAGCACGAAAGGAGACACCAGCUCAGCCUUGGGAAUCAAGUAUUGACUCAUCUCUCACGAGCGAAGAAAGGGAACAAAAGCGGAAACAGGCCACCGACAGAGCAACCUUUGUGCAAGGCCUGGUGCUCUCAACUCUAUUCGGAGACUGAGUGUUCAAACAGCCAUAGGUUGGUUGCUAGAUGGGCGCUUACUCCUGCCUGGUCCGCAUAGUCUGAUAGUACUCCACCAGGGUUGGUGGGUCUAACUCUGAUGGCAGGAGAAUGCACCUGGAAACUCUAGCCGCGUUCUUCUUUGUUUCAGUAGAGUGCGGAGUUGAUUCGUUCAUGAUACAGCUUACUUUAAGCUAGCUGUUGUACCUUUCUUUUAUCAAUUUACCAGCCAGCAAUCCCAUAACUGUAACUCAUUGGUACAUUGUGUCUGUACCGACAUAUAACAGCUGUAACAUUUACUCUAUACAAUGCAAAUGAUGGCACUUGUAUGAGAGCAGUUGCCAAAGUGCAAGUCCUUGUUAUAGACCA